GCGAUGCUCUGUGGGAGGAGGGCUCCCGGCGGGGAUGGGGACGGGGUCUCGCUACGCGACCCCCCCUUGCCCACGGGAGCCAGCCGCCCCCCAAACCGUCUUCCAGCCCCCAGGAGCGGGGCGGGGGGCGCGGCGCUGCCUGACGCCGGCCCGGCCGGGGGCGGGACCGCCGGGACCGCGCUGCUCCCUCCCGCCCGCCCCCGUCCCCAUCGUCGUCCCCGUCCCCGCCGCCGGGUCCCGGGUCCCAUCUCCGCCCCCGCGCUGUCCCCGCCGGGCCCGGCGCUGCGGGGGCCGCCCCGGCCGCGGCAUGGCCGGCGCGCUGGGCAGGGGGGCGGCGGGCUGGCGGCUGCGGAGCGCGGCGGGCGGCAGGAAGGAGAAGCCGCUGGGUGGCAAGCCCCAGCCGCCGCCGCACGAGUAAGAUCACCGAUCUCUGAAAAUAUGAAGAAGCCCUGGAGCCCUGAUUUACCAGCCAAUAACCAGUCCUACAAUUCAGAUUUCACAUCCAUCCCAGGCAGAGAAAGUGAGAAAGAAUUAGCACCCAAUGGCACUGAAGAAAAGAAGGAGAGAGAAAAGAAACAGACCAAUUUCACUUUGUGCAAUGUUUGUAACAUUCAGCUGAACUCUGCUGCUCAGGCACAAAUCCACUACAAUGGUAAAUCCCAUCAGAAGAGGUUAAAACAGCUCAGCAAUGGAAAUCUCAAAAGUGAUAAUGGUCUCUAACAAAACUUUAAGGACUACUUUUAGCAGAAUGGAUUUAGUUAUGCCCUUGUGAUCUUGUACCACAGAGAACCUUGGCUCAUUGUGUAUAGCAUUGUCAGUAAACAGUGUUAUUGGUGUUGAGCUGAGAAAUGCAGCAAUGUGCGUAAUGUCAAUAUAUAAGAGAAAACAUUUAUUUUGUUCAACCAAAUCCUUUGAUGUUAAUGCAGAGACUCAGUGCUUUCAGAGUACUUGGUAUCAUCCCUAACAUGAACGCCUGGCAAAUAGCUAAAGGGUAUACUGUCUGUGUUGUUCCAAGUGUUUUGAUUUUAUAUUUUGUUUACGUGAUGGUGUUGGUUCAGAUUCUUUGUCAUUCCAUUUGCAUUUUGAUGGUUUUCAGCAUAAUCCACGAUAUUUCACAUUUCAGAGUCUGCUAUAAAGGUUACACUUGGUAGGGGUGUUUUUUCUUUUAAUUGAUUUAAGGCAGUUACAAAAUAAAUUGAAAAAAAAUACAUUACACAAAACAAAUACAUUCUCUAAGGCAUUUCACUUUCAUUUUGUCAUUCAGGUUUCAACCCAUAGUUAGCAUAAAUCUGUUCAACACAUGUCUAGCAUAAAUCUCUUUAAAGAUCAGAGUUGAAGUCCAAAGGAGGUAGAACAAAGUUUGUUUUUGUUUUAAUCUGUUUCAUUGAUGGCUUUGGGAAAAAUAUGUUGUGGUAGGUGGUAUAUUUUCCUAUCACCAGAGUGAGAUGUGUGCCUCAAAAAAAAA